UUUCUUCUUUUUCUUUUUAUAGGAGAUGUUCGAGUAAGAAGCAGAGCCGGCUUUGAGUCUGAAAGACGUGGCUCUCACCCUUACAUUGAUUUUCGUAUUUUGCACUCACAUUCGGAAAUUGAAAUCUCCUUGUCGGCACGAAACAUACGGCGGUUGUUAAGUUUUCAGCGGUACUUAAGGUCCUCUCGAUUCUUCCGUGGUGUCACUCCACAGAAUUCACUGUACAUUUUGGAUGAUGAUUACAAUGGACAAGCCAAGUGCAUGCUGGAAAAAGUCGGAAACUGGAAUUUCGAUAUAUUUCUUUUUGAUAGGUUAACGAAUGGAAACAGUCUUGUCACCUUAACCUUUCAUCUCUUGAAUCAUCAUGGUCUAAUCGAUCACUUCCACUUAGACAUGGUGAAACUGCGGAGAUUUUUAGUUAUGGUUCAAGAAGACUACCACAGUCAGAACCCAUACCACAACGCAGUGCAUGCUGCUGAUGUGACUCAGGCCAUGUACUGUUAUUUAAAGGAACCCAAGCUUGCCAAGUCUCUCACUCCAUGGGAUGUCCUGCUGGGUUUAAUUGCAGCUGCAACACAUGAUCUGGAUCAUCCUGGUGUAAAUCAGUCUUUUUUAAUAAAAACAAACCACUACUUAGCAACUUUAUAUAAGAAUACCUCAGUAUUAGAAAACCACCACUGGAGGUCAGCAGUGGGCUUGUUGCGAGAAUCUGGUUUGUUUGCACACACGUGUUUGGAAGAAAGGCAACAAAUGGAAAGCCAGUUGGGUUCCAUCAUUCUUGCUACAGACAUUAGUCGGCAAAAUGAAUACCUGUCACAGUUCAGAACCCAUCUAGAUAAAGGUGACUUAUGCCUGGACAAUGCUGGUCAUCGCCAUUUCAUCCUGCAGAUGGCUUUGAAGUGUGCAGACAUCUGUAACCCUUGCCGGACCUGGGAACUGAGCAAGCAGUGGAGUGAGAAAGUGACUGAAGAAUUCUUCUACCAAGGGGAUGUGGAAAGAAAAUGCAACUUGGACAUCAGUCCGCUGUGUGACAGGAACACAUCUAACAUAGCCAACAUCCAGAUCGGUUUUAUCACCUAUUUGGUGGAACCAUUGUUUGUGGAGUGGGCCAGGUUCAGUAACACCAGGCUGUCACAGACCAUGCUAGGCCACGUCGGACUAAAUAAAGCCAGCUGGAAAGGAAUGCUGCAGGAACGGUCUAGUAGUGAAGAAGCUGAUCCUGCUUUUGAUGACUGA